AAUCUCGAAAAACUUUGGUGCUCAGCUGCAGAUUUUCAUUAAAUUUGAUAUUUGGGGGAUAGGUGGCAGAGUGCCACUGUGGAGCACGUUAAUUAUUAAUAUUAUUAAUUCAUGGUUUGGUGACCUCGUCUUUUUGGGGGGAGGUGGCCACAGCCACUUUCUAUCUGCCGCACUGGGGUGCAUGUAACUGUUCAUGUUUUUCUAGCCGGCCUCAUGUAGGUAGCCGUCGGGCACCCAUGGACGAGGCUUCUGGCCAAUUUUAUCUUGCUAUUGUGGGGUGCGUUAAUUAUUUAUUAUUAUUCUCCAUUUAUGGUUUGGUGACCUUGUCUUUUUGGGGUGAGGUGGCCCGUAGCCACUUCCUAUCUGCUGCACUGUUGUGCAUGUAACUGUUUAUAUCUUUCCAGCCAGCCUCGCGCAGUUAGCCAUCAGGCAUCCACGGACAAGACCUCCGGCCAAAUUUAUCUUUCACUCAGUUUCCACAGUCAUCAGGCCCUGAGCACCCUUCACACUUCAUAAAUCAUCUGCAAUUGCAAUCGCAAUCAUCAUCAUCAUUCAUUCAUUGCCAUUCAUCAUAGCGGAUUCUCUGUACUGAAAAAACAAAUCUGUCAUCACCUGCAAAUGCAUGUUAACUUAAUUCUUUUGUUACAGGUUGCACUUUCAGGUUAAACAGGAGGAAGUGAGCAAUGAACUUGAAAGAUGGAAACAUGCACAUACAGAGUACAUUGAAGAAAUGAACACAAAUAUCGAGUUGAACAAGAAUAAAUGUGCUGAACUGAUUGAUGAGUAUACCAGUCUUCAGCUAGAUAAUAUAAAGAUGAAUGAAGAAACAGAAAUCUUACAAAAGGCAAUACACGAAACAGAAAAGAGGUAUACAAUUAUGGAAGAGUCCUUAACUGCAGACUUCACAAAUAUGAUGAGUGAAGUGAAAUUAAUUAAGGAAAACCUACUCCAAAAGGAAAAACAACUUGCAAUAAGCUACGGAGUCCUACAGCAGGUUGAGGCAGAGAAUGAAGCAGAACAUUUUAACUAUGAGGAACUCAAGAAACAAACUACAGAGUUAAAAAGUAGGAAGAAUAAUUUAGAAUUAUCCAUUGAUCAGUUAAAGGCAGAUACAAAAUACAUUUUGAAGCCAAAGGAAACACUUAAAGCUGAACUUAAUGCAAUGAAUGAAAAGCAGUUUCAACAGCUGAAAAAUCAGGCAGCAGCCAUAAACAAAACUGAGGAAUGUAUUUACAAGUCAGGUUCAAUGCUUGAGCAGAUCAACAUGGAAAACAGCAGGCUACAGCUGUGUAAUGCAAAAAUGAAUGAGGACAUCUAUACUAUGAACAAAGAGGCAGAAAAACAUAUGAAGGAAACAGAACAGUUGCAAGAGGAUAAACAUGACUUGUUAAAUUUCCUCCUGCGUCAGUGGGCUGCACACAACUCUGUGGAGGCGGAGUAUUUAGCUCGUGACCAAUGUGUUCUUGAUGACCUUCAGGAGCUCCUGAUGAAAAUUGAGCAAAGAGAACAGAAAGUUGAAGAAAUUCAUAUUAAACUACACGAUGAAGAGAAUGGAAUGGCUUUCCUUUUAGGGAAAAUCUCCACUUCCCAAAAAAACAUUUCAAAGAAGGGUGAAUAAGGGAAGAAUAAAUGAGAGUUUAUGGUUUGAAGGUGUCAAUUUGCUUUGUUUCUAAUGGUUUAAAAUAAACAGCAAUAUUUAGCAUCCAAGUCAGAUAUUUUAUAUUGUUAUAAUACUAAAGCCUAGGAAGAACUCAUCAGAAUAAAUCCAAUCCCAACUGUUUCCAGUUUGUGCCAGUAAAACAAAACUGCAUUUUUAUUACCAUUAAACCAUGGCAAUGUACUUACUGUCCUCUACUUGAUUUGGAAAUCCGCACACAAGAUUUAAUUGCUUUCAGAUAGUUUAAAUAUAUUGCUGCAUGAUACUUCAGAGUAAAAUUCUGCAUGUCGAUUGCAUCAUAAUCACUUAACUGAUUGCCACCUGCUACCUGUUCUGUUCUAGUUACAGUAUUUCAAUUCACAAUGGAGGCAACAAAAUAGACAACUGUAUUUUUGUGAACUUACUUUUAUAAAAUCCUUUGAAGUGGGAUGUUUUUCUGCACCUGGCCUAGAAUGUCCCAGAUAUGCCUUUUGUGAGCAUAAUGAUUCUUAUUCUUUAAUGCUCAAUUGUUAUACAACAAGAGGACAUAGCUCUCCCACAUUGUUUUCUAGAGGUCAGCUGUUCUGUUAUUACUUAAUAAUAUAAAUAAAUUAAAAUAACAACUAAAUAAAUGAACUUUACCUUAAACAUGCAAUAGCAAUACCAAUACCAUUAUCCCUUAUAGUAAAUUAAGUCUGUUGGACAUUCAAAUAGUGGUUGACUUGAAUGAAAUACAUUGGUUACAGUUCUUUUUACUCAGCAUAUUAAACAUACAAAGCUUAAAUUAACUAUCACCGGUUUAACACAAAAUGUAUACAUACAUACAUACAUAAAUACAAACAUAUACCGUAUUCCUUUGAAUUUAAGAUGCAGCCCAAA